AUGAAUGUAGCCAUGAUGUUUUAUUGGCCAAGAAAAAAACCUUUAAGGGUUCUGAUUGUGAAUCCUCUUAUAGAUUCUGCUCAAAUAGCUAUUAUUAGAAUGUUAGCGGGAUCUUCAUUUGGCUCGAAACAAACACUUGAUAUAACACUGUUAGUUUAUUCUAAUGAAAUAGUGGAAGCUGAAGGAUUUAUACAGGACUUAAAAGGUUGUAAUUUUGGGUGCUUAAACACAAUAGUGGCUACGUCCGACUUACCAAGCAUUGACGACGCUGAUAUAUUUUGUUUCCUGGGUGGUUUUAAAAAUCCAAAUUUCCUAGAUGACGAUUUAAAUACUGACGAUAAUUUUGAUACGACAUAUCUGACAUUAAAAGUGGCCCUGAGCUUAGGAAAAUCCGUGUCCGUGGGUGAAAAUAAAAAUGAUGAAUCCGAAGAACAAAAGGAGUAUCCAAUAAUUGUUGCUGAUGGUUUACUAAUAAUAGAUAUGGUGCAUUCCAUGGGAAAUAUUGGUAUACCUUCUUCUCGAUAUUUCUGUCACUGUAAUGCGGGAAUUAAAGCACAGACUCUUUUGAGUGAUUUAUUACAGGUUCAAUGUAAUGAUAUUAAUAAAAGCUACGUUUGGGGUGUAAACGACCGCAUGUUCCACGUCGAAAUUGAGAAACCUUAUGUUGUUUACGACACGAUAAGUGAUAAAUCAUACUGUGAUUGGGAAAUGGUAAGCGUGGAACUUUUGGAACCCUUAAAAUUAGACCACACACAGUUCAAUGCUUCUUGGAUGAAAAAAGAAUUUAUUGCAAAGAUAAAAUCAAUAAUCAUGCAGAACCCGUAUAGCGGGGUUUUCAAAGGUUGGAAACUAGCCAGAUGUCUAAGUGUGAUAUGGGAUUCUACUGUAAAUGAGAGGGAAAGUUAUGUCAGCAUGGGUGUCAUAAGUGACGGUUCAUUAAGGACUAUAAAAGGAUUACCUUACUAUUUGCCUGUAAUAUUCAACAAAAACUCAACUGAGUGGAAGGUGAAUACUCGUUUUCAAGAACUACCGCAUGUGAUACAAGAAAUUGAGAAAUUUAAUAAAGUGGCGAAAUACAAUCAUGACAGGCUUGUUAAAUAUUGCACCAAGUUUAUAGCAGAAAACAUUAUCAAACAAUCCUUUAUAUCCCCAGACAGCGAAGAAAUCGAUUCAAAUUAUUCAAGCUCGCAUAAUAUCCCAAUUCCAAUAUAA